AUGCCAAUCAUCUCUCGAAUCCGGUUCUAUGGAUCGUUGAUAAACUCUCUACAGGACGCUGAUCAUGGCGUCACAUCUAUCCUACUGGCCAUGAAGCUGGUCCUCUCGUGCCCCCAAGAGGCAAAUGUGUGCUCGGAGAUAUAUGCCGUCCUCAAGGAAUUCCAUCUUCGUAUGGAAAUGGCGGGACACCUAAGCAUCUACACUGUUCAGUCGGCAAUCUUGGUCGCCAUGUACGAGAUGGGCCAUGCCAUUUUCCCUGGCGCCUUCACUACCAUCUCUACCUGUGCGCGCUAUGCGACUGCUCUGGGCAUCAAUGAGCCACUACCAAUUCAAGGCAAAGCAUGGAUUGAGCAGGAGGAGCGAAACCGCAUAUGGUGGGCGAUUCUCAUCUUGGACCGUUCAAUAAACAUUGGCUUCCGGGGACGCCACCUCUGCAGACCUGAUCCUAAUGCGAACUCCAUACUACCGGUAGAUGAUGAUGCCUGGGACCAAGGGAUACUGCCCGAAAACCAAUCGCAGAAUGUCUUGUCAAUACCAAGCCUGAAAAAUGGUCGAUACGCCCGCUUAGCCCAAGCUGUCAACCUUCUCAGCCAGGUAUUCCGACACAUCUCAAGUUGUGAAGAGGUAUUGCGCCUAGACCUGGACAAUAUCGCACAGUUGGAGAGAACAAUAUUCGCAUUGGAGCAUCUUGCCUCAUUCGAAGAACGAGAGCGGAACAUCUGCUGCCUCUCUUCAAUUGCUAUUUGUUACAGGUUGAGUCACGUAGCCAGCAACCACAAGGCAGAGUACCUGGCUGACUUUGAAGAAGUUCGGUUUUACUCCUCCAUACAGCUGAAGACACUGGGCCAUUUUGAGAGAUUCCGAAACGGAUGGGGGAGCCUAGACAAAUUCCCCCCUCUUGCACUAGAUUGGCUUUAUCGAACCGCCGUGGUGCACGUCUUCCUUGCUUAUAAUGCUGAACCAUCCAAAUGGGAUAAAGAAAUCGAUGAGCUAAAAGAAGCCCUAGAAUUUGUCAGUCAGAGAUGGCGAGCAGCCACUCAUUAUCUGCGGCUUUUGGAGACCAGACAAGCGGUCAGGAUUCCGUUAUGA